AUGCUGCCCAGGAGCUUAGGUAUGAGAGCAUUACCGGUGCCAGACCCCGACGAAUACGACAGGUACGUUUUCGGGAACGAGUACGAAUUCGAGCCUGCGCUUAUGCCCUACGACGAAGACCUUUUCUUCCAACAGUCGUGGACAGGGAGUUAUCCCAAAUGUGUGGUGGCUGCGAAUACAGUGUCUCACACUUUCUGCAGCCGGGCUGAUCGUGUGGGGCCGGCAGACCGUCACGGUCGAUGUGUGAUUUGCUUGGAGAACUUCAAAGACGGCGAUUGCAUCCGGUCUCUGCGCUGCUUUCACCCGUUCCACCAAAGCUGCGUGGACAAAUGGCUGGAGGGCAGCCGGCUCUGCCCCAUUUGCAAGCAGGACAUCACAGGCUCUCCCUGGACACUGGCAACUGAAGCUGCGGCCUCCUCGGACUCAGGCUUCACCAGCAGUGACUUCUUUGCAGACGAACCAGGACACACCCCGCCCACCCCGCGCUUGAGGCGAUCUGCAGCGGAAGUGUCGGCACCAGCACAGCACCGACGGCCGCUGCCUGCAGAGUCUGCGCACUCAACACGGCCGCGUCUUGUGCAGCCUGUGCUUCGGUUUGAAUCAGGGCGCUCUGCACUGUCUGCCCUGUAUGCGAGCACCGCCUCUGUUCUCCAGCGCCUGCACCACGACCGUGUCUCCCAAGUGCUGCACGGAACUGCCUACAGUGCUCCCAGCACUGACAGCCGGGCAAGAUGCCAGGAACGGUUUGGUCGGGUUUCGGGGAGUGCUUUAGGCACGCUCGCUGGUGGCUGGCGCCUAGGAGGCCAGCCUGGCAGAUUUGGUAGCUUAGCCAGACCCCAAGCUGCGCUUGCGCCUUCGCCUUCGAGCGCAAGCAGUGCCUCCAGCGACACAGACGGUUCCAGCUCCAGUUAUUCGAGCUCAAGUUCCAGCAGUACUGACUAG